AUGCUGAGUCGACUCAUCAGUCACAGCUUCCCUUUUCCCAUCCCUUCUCCCCGCCUUUCGCCCCAUUCUCGCCAGCCUGCCAAUUUCACGUCGGAUAUUUUCAACCGCCAGCUUCCAGACGCCAUUACCACGGCACUCAAGCAGCCGUGGAAAAAACAGGUGAGCAGGACUGAUUGGAGUGCUGACGUGGACGAAUGCAGGCCCAUCCCAGUGGUGGUGGUUCACCAGCAGCCGUCAGGGUCAGUGGCCUGCCGCCCCUCGCACUUCAUGCACCGCAACCUGCGCCACACGCGGCAGCGCAACGCAGUGGUGUAUUUCAUCGGGCCCGACAGCGACGAGUGUGUGGAGAUGGCGAGGGAGCUGGAUAUCGUUCUCGACCCAGUGAUAGGGUACCAAGACGUGGUUGGCUGGUUCUCUGCUAACCUCGGAGAUCCUGUGUCUUAUCAGGUGCGCUGGUUCAUCCUGAAGGCCUUCAUGGAGCGCCAUGCCUUUCCGCGCAUCUUCUUCCUCGACUCGGACGUCAUCCUCUUUGCCAACAUCACUGAGCUCGCCACCAUGCUGUUUUCAAGGGUGCACCUCGUGGUGUCGCAGCGCUGGCCCAGGUACGAGUGGGUGCGUAGGUAUGGGUGCAUAGUAUGGGUGCGUAGGUUUGUAGGUGUUCGGGGUGGUGGUUAUGGUGCGGGGUGUAUGGCCAUCUUUUUCCUCGACUCGGACGUCAUCCUCUUCGCCAAUGUCACAGAGGUCGCCACCAGGCUGUUCUCGAGAGUUCACCUGGUGGUGUCGCAGCGCUGGCCCAGUAUGGGCGUGGAUGUGUCGGUGCCUCUUCGCCAACGUCACAGACCUCGCCACCAGGCUCUUCUCGUGAGUUCAUCUGGUGGUGUCGCAGCGCUGGCCCAGGUAUGGGUGGGGUGGGAUACAGCGCGUCUCACGCUUCGCACUGUACCCCCUGGUACCCCUCACGCCAACGUCGAGGGUCCCAGCCAGUAUGCGUCCACAGCAGUGAGCGGCCACGUGUCCCUCUGGACGUACGAUGCCCUCUCUGACUGCCCCAGCCAGUAUGCGUCCACAGCAGUGAGUGGGCACGUGUCCCUCUGGACGUACGAUGCUCUCUCUGACUUCCUCGACUUCUUCCAGCUGUUUGUUCAGGAAGCAACCCUGUACGGGCAACCUGGCGAUGCACGGCUUGUAGCGGAGCGUGCUUAUAACGACAUGGUGGUGCUGGGCUGGUACACGCACAGGAUCUGCUGGAUGAAAAACCCUCAGAACCUGCACCCCCAGUGCAUCUGUGACAAGGAGAGUGGGGUCACUCCCGAGCGGUCAGCGCGCAUACGGGGGAAGUUCACACCCAAGUUCCGGGUCGACUCGUUUGCAACGCCCCGCUGGUGCAACGCCACAGACUGGUGGGACGAGGGGUGGUGCGUCUUUGAUAACAACUUCUCCAUCCAGACGCCCACUCAAUUCUUUAAGUAUCGGCCUCAGGACGGCAUGAAGUGCCCCUCUUCUAUGCACUACACUCAUUUUGACGACUGGGCCAAGGAAGGGGAGAAGCAGACGUCGCCGGUUCAAUUCCUGGGAGUGCACUUUCAGGCGCACAGAAAGGGGUACCUCACAAGGGGGGAUGACCCAGCAGCCACAUGGGGUUCGAGCCCUGACUGA